UCCGGCCACCUGCGGCCUCAGCUCAUGCGCAGUGACGUUCCACGUGAGCGCCUGCGUUUCCUCUCAAACCCAAAGAUGCCGCCAGAAAGAAGGCGCCGAGUGAGACAGGACCGUAAGACCCAAGCGAGGCCAGACGGGAGAGCCGGAGCGCGAUGGGGCGGGCCGCCCCGAAAAGCUGCCCCCUCAUGCCAGCGAAAGUCGCUGGCCUGGCCGCGCGCGGCGGCCGCUGCAAUCUCAGUUGCCUCGGAGGAGGAGAAACGGCUCCGACUGCGGAACCGUCUCACGCUAGAGGAGGACAAGCCGGCAGUAGAGCGGUGCCUGGAGGAGCUGGUCUUCGGCGACGUGGAGGACGACGAGGACGCGCUACUGCGGCGUCUGCGGGGCCCGCGGGUUCAAGUACAGGAAGACUCAGAUGACUCAGAAGUGGAGAAGGAAGCAAAAGAUAAUUUUCCACCUCAAAAGAAACCAGUUUGGCUGGAUGAAGAAGAUGAAGAUGAGGAGAUGGUUGACAUGAUGAACAAUCGUUUUCGGAAAGAUAUGAUGAAAAAUGCCAAUGAAAAUCAACUUUCGAAAGAUGAGCUUCAAAAGAGACUUAAAGAAGAAUUUCAGCAUGCUAUGGGGGGAGUACCUGCCUGGGCAGAGGCCAAUAAGUGGAAAACACCUUCAGAUGGUUUGUUUGACUUAGAUGAAAGUGAAGAGGAUGAAGAUGAUUUGUUGCAAAGGACUGGGAAUUUCAUAUCCACAUCUACAUCUCUUCCUAAAGGAAUCUUAAAGAUGAAGAACUGCCAACAUGCUAAUGCUGAACGUCCUACUACUGCUCGGAUCUCAUCUGUGCAGUUCCAUCCUCGUGCACAGGUUGUGAUGGUCGCUGGACUAGAUAAUGCUGUAUCCCUGUUUCAGGUUGAUGGAAAAACAAAUCCUAAAAUUCAGAGCAUCUAUUUGGAGAAGUUUCCAAUCUUUAAGGCUUGUUUUAGUGCUAAUGGAGAAGAGGUUUUAGCCACGAGCACUCACAGCAAGGUUCUUUAUGUCUAUGAUAUGCUGGCUGGAAAGCUAAUUCCUGUGCAUCAAGUAAGAGGUUUGAAAGAGAAGAUUGUGAGGAGCUUUGAAGUUUCCCCAGAUGGGUCCUUCCUGCUUAUAAAUGGUGUUGCUGGAUAUUUUCAUUUGCUGUCUAUGAAGACGAAAGAGCUAAUUGGUAGUAUGAAAAUUAAUGGGAGGAUUGCAGCAUCCACAUUCUCUUCAGAUAGUAAGAAAGUAUAUGCAUCUUCAGGGGACGGGGAAGUUUAUGUUUGGGAUGUGAACUCUAGAAAGUGCCUUAACAGAUUUGUUGAUGAAGGCAGUUUAUAUGGAUUAAGCAUUGCCACAUCUAGGAAUGGACAGUAUGUGGCUUGUGGUUCUAAUUGUGGAGUGGUAAACAUAUACAAUCAAGAUUCUUGUCUCCAAGAAACAAACCCAAAGCCGAUAAAAGCGAUAAUGAACUUGGUUACAGGUGUUACUUCUCUGACCUUCAAUCCUACUACAGAAAUCUUGGCAAUUGCUUCAGAAAGCAUGAAAGACGCAGUCAGACUGGUCCAUCUUCCUUCCUUUACAGUAUUUUCAAACUUCCCAGUUGUUAAAAAGAAGAAUAUUUCUCUUAUUCAUACCAUGGAUUUUUCUCCCAGAAGUGGGUAUUUUGCCUUGGGGAAUGAAAAGGGGAAGGCCCUGAUGUAUAGGUUGCAUCAUUACUCAGACUUUUAAAAAGAUUAUUCAAAAUCCAGUUGAGCCACAAGAAAAACCCAUCCUGAAAUCUCAGAGACUUUCCAGAAUGUGUGAUAAUAUAUAGAUAAUGAUAUAUUGAGUCAGAUGUGCUUUUCUUAAGUUACUAGGAAUGUUUUAAUAAACUCACAGUAACUUUUGUUUGAAA